GCCCCCUGCAGCAGGGCAGUCAAGGGGUUAAAUCCCCCGGGGCUGGAUUCCGCCUUCCGGCUUUUCCCAGACCCCAGAGCCGGUCCCUGGAACCCUCUGCAGUGCUGAGCUCUGGGAUGGAGCCUGAGACAGCGCUGUGGGGCCCGGAUCUGCAGGGUCCUGAACAAAGCCCCAACGAUGCUCACAGAGGUGCCGAGAGUGGGAACGAAGAGGAGAGCUCUCAGCAGGAAAGUUCUGGGGUGGAGAUCAUCUUGGGAGAUCCAGCUCAGAGUCCAGAAUUCAAGGACCCACCAGAGAUGCCCCCGGAGAGACCCUCCCAGGAUCCCUCAGUCCCCCAGGACCCCCCAAUCCCACUGGGUCACUCCAACCCCUUGGACCACCAGACCCCUCUGGACUCCCCAGCCCCCGAGGUAGUCCCUACCCCAUCUGACUGGACCAAGGCCUGUGAGGCCAGUUGGCAGUGGGGGACUCUCACCACGUGGAACAGCCCCCCGGGGGUCCCCACCAAUGAGCCCAGCCUGCGGGAGCUGGUGCAGGGCCGCCCCUCCGGCGCUGAGAAGCCCUACAUCUGCAACGAGUGCGGCAAGAGCUUCAGCCAGUGGUCCAAGCUGCUGCGGCACCAGCGCAUCCACACGGGCGAGCGGCCCAACACCUGCUCCGAGUGCGGCAAGAGCUUCACGCAGAGCUCGCACCUGGUGCAGCACCAGCGCACGCACACCGGCGAGAAGCCCUACAAGUGCACCGAGUGCGAGAAGGCCUUCACCCAGAGCACCAACCUCAUCAAGCACCAGCGAUCGCACACAGGCGAGAAGCCCUACAAGUGCGGCGAGUGCCGGCGGGCUUUCUACCGCAGCUCGGACCUCAUUCAGCAUCAGGCCACCCACACAGGUGAGAAGCCCUACAAGUGCCCCGAGUGCGGCAAACGCUUCGGCCAGAACCACAACCUCCUCAAGCACCAGAAGAUCCACGCAGGCGAGAAGCCCUACCGCUGCACCGAGUGCGGCAAGAGCUUCAUCCAGAGCUCAGAGCUGACCCAGCACCAGCGCACGCACACUGGGGAGAAGCCCUACGAGUGCCUCGAAUGCGGCAAGAGUUUCGGCCACAGCUCCACCCUCAUCAAACACCAGCGGACUCACCUGCGCGAGGACCCCUUCAAGUGUCCCGUGUGCGGCAAAACUUUCACCCUGAGUGCCACGCUGCUGCGGCACCAGCGCACACACACGGGCGAGCGGCCCUACAAGUGCCCCGAGUGCGGCAAGAGCUUCAGCGUCAGCUCCAACCUCAUCAACCACCAGCGCAUCCACCGGGGCGAGCGGCCCUACAUCUGCGCCGACUGCGGCAAGAGCUUCAUCAUGAGCUCCACCCUCAUCCGCCACCAACGCAUACACACGGGCGAGAAGCCCUACAAGUGCUCCGACUGCGGCAAGAGCUUCAUCCGCAGCUCCCACCUCAUCCAGCACCGACGCACCCACACGGGCGAGAAGCCCUACAAGUGCCCUGAGUGCGGCAAGAGCUUCAGCCAGAGCUCGAACCUCAUCACCCACGUCCGCACCCACAUGGACGAGAACCUCUUUGUGUGCUCGGACUGUGGGAAGGCCUUUCUGGAGGCACACGAGCUGGAGCAGCACCGGGUGAUCCAUGAGCGGGGGAAGACUCCAGCCCGAAGAGCGCAAGGCGACACCCUGCUGGGGCUUGGGGAUCCCGCCCUGCUGACCCCGCCUCCCGGAGCCAAACCACACAAGUGUCUGGUCUGUGGAAAGGGCUUCAAUGAUGAGGGUAUCUUCAUGCAGCAUCAGAGGAUCCAUAUUGGAGAAAACCCCUACAAACACGCAGACGGUCUCAUCGCACACCCAACCCCCAAACCUCCUCAGUUCCGAUCCCCGAGGCUCCCUUUUGGAGGGAAUUCCUACCCAGGUGCUGGGGAGGGCAGAGCUGACCCCCCAGGACAGCCCUUUAAAAUGCCUGAUGGUCAGGAGAGCUUCAGCCAAAGGCUGGGGCUGCUCUCUUCCAAGUCCUACAUUUGUUCCCACUGUGGAGAAAGCUUCCUGGAUCGCUCUGUGCUCCUCCAACAUCAGCUCACCCAUGGCAACGAAAAGCCCUUUCUCUUUCCUGAUUAUAGGAUUGGCCUAGGGGAAGGGGCAGGGCCCAGUCCCUUCCUAAGUGGAAAGCCCUUUAAAUGCCCUGAAUGCAAAAAAAGCUUUGGCCUCAGCUCUGAGCUGCUGCUGCACCAGAAAGUCCAUGCAGGCGGGAAGUCCCAAAAGAGUCCGGAGCUGGGGAAGAGCUCCUCCGUCCUCCUGGAACACCUCAAGAGCCCCCUAGGGGCCAGACCCUACAGCUGCUCAGAUUGUGGGGCCUCCUUCCUUGAUCGCCUAGCCCUCGCCAGGCACCAGGAAACCCACACCCAAGAAAAGCCCCCCAGACGCGAGGACCCUAUUCCAGAACCAGCCACCCUGUCCACAAGCCAGGAAGGUGAGGGAGAGGCCCCCACCCCCACAGGGAGCAGCAGCCACAAGGAAGGGGAAAGCCCCAAAACCCUCUUGGAAGAAAAGCCCUAUUUGUGCCCUGAGUGUGGAGAUGGCUUCACAGAAGUCGCAGCCCUACUGCUCCACAGGAGCUGUCACCCAGGUGUCUCCCUUUGAAAUGGGUCUGGAGAGACCAGGGGCCUCUCUCUCCUGAGAGGAACACUGGAUCACCCAAAAAAAUAUGUGGGGGGAAAGGACAACCCUAUCAGAUUAUAGAGAAGUGGAGGAUAAAGAACCCUGGGGAAAAAAGUGCUUUUCCAUCAGUGAUGAGAAACCCUAUAAAAUUGUUGGUGGGAACCACUUAUAAGGCAGUAGAGAAAAACUGUCGGGUUAGAAACCCUAUAAAUAUGUAGGAAAAAAAGCCCUUUAAGUCUGUAGCAGAACCCUAUAAACCAUAGUGGAUAAAAGCCCUAUUAAUUGUAGGAUGAGGUCCCAAUAUGUCUCUAGACAACCCUAUAAAACUGUAUCAAAAUCCUGUAGGGGAAGUGUAGGAAAUGCAGCAGUGGCAUCAACUUGGGAGGAGUGACCCUCAGAAGGUGCAGAAAACACCUCCCAUCCGCUCGUUCCACAGUGUUCUCUCCCCCAGGAGGAUGGGAGAGAGCCUCUCUCCCAGCAGCCAUGGACAGUUAACACUGAGGAAGAUGCUCAGCUGGGUAGUAGUGUGGGAACUGGGUGGAACUGGAAAAGGAAAACAGUACAAAAAUAAAUGACAAGGAGCUCUCAGACCCACAGAGGAGAUAAGACAGACUAGGAAGAGAAAGUCCAGCUCAUUGCACUGGUGGUUCCUUGGGGUAUGAGGCCAACCUUAGCUGAAUUGUGUGUGAGGGGAAGAGGUCUAUGGACUCCCUUAUCAAAAAGAACCCAAAAAUGGGGAUGAAAAAAAAUUAUGUCAGUCCUUUUUAAAGGCUGAAGUUUGGGGUGCAUAAAAAACUUUUGAGUGUAAGAAUACUGAAAGUCCACCACAAAAGUUAGGGGACAGAGUGGGGGGAUUUCUGUUAGGUUUCUUUGAAGGAAGCAAACCCAGGUGGAGAAACUGUUCAGGUGAAACCCACCAAAAACUCCAGGCCAGUUUCUCCCACUUCCAGGAGCUUGUUAAUCUGUAAGUGCAAGCAGCUCCCAGCUCAGGCCGCCAGGGUUCUCCCGGAGCCAGGCAGGACUACCCUUUCCCCAGCCAAGCUGGGGACUUGUACUCUGAGAGGCGUCCAGGGAAAGGGUGCCUCCUGCCACAUUCUCAGGUCUCACUGUCAGGAGUUUUUCCUGAAAUCUAACUGCCACCAGUCCUGCUGCAGUGGCAGCCCGUUCUUCAAAUUCUGUCCUCAGUGGAGAGAACUGCUGCUAGUUGACCUCCAAAGAAUAAAGCCCAUCAGAGACUCAAGGCUUGUGUGUGGUUGUCCUCCCUAGACUUCUCCAAGUCAGUGAGAGCUAUGUGUGGGUUCACGGUGGCAACAAGGGACAGCAAGUGGACAGAACAGAAAGCUUUGGUCAGCUAGCAACCUGAUUUUAAACCUCAGCCUUUCAUCUGAGCUGGUAGCAAGGCUUCCUGCAGGAUGAACCUGGCCACAUGCAGAGCACCCCCACAGACUGGACAUAGGUCUCUACAGCGUCUAUGGAGACCUGACCCUUCCUCUCCCUGCUCCCUGGAGCCCUCUGAGGCUGUGAUGACCCGACCCAAUCCUGGCCUUGGGAAGAGACGGAUUCCACCCACUCAGCUUCUCUCUCCUGCUUAGCCAGAACCCUUCAGAGGGAAACGGAAGGAUGACAAGCGUUCCCCUGCCAGGCCCCUCUCAUCACACACACCACACUGUCACACACUUGCAUAAACCAGCCAAACCUGCUCACAUCACUGGGCAUGUGUAGCAGGGGAGAGACUGUUGCCCUAUAAUAUGGUUGAAGAGAGAAAACGAGAGAGAGAAACAUCUGUAACAAGAAUCCCACACCCUAACCCUGGAGAGCCUUAAAGAAGGAGAGGACUCUGCUUAGUGCUGGUUCAGAAAGGAAGUGCUCACUGUACUGGUAAUGUGCUGUCCUGGAGUGACAGGACUGAGAUGCCAGGUGAGGACAGGGGUGACCUGGAUUCCUGCGAAGCUGUGGAAGCGACCUAAUUUUAUUACCUACAAGUUCAAAAGUUGAAAAUCUUUUACCCUUCAUCUAUCCUGCCUCCAAAGGGAUGACCCUCACAUUUAAAAGGAUCAAAAUGUAGAACAUUGUGGGAGAAGAAACCCAGGCCACUGGUGAGAGUGGAAAGGCAGGUCUUCUAUGAUUGUGGGGAGGACCUUGCUGACGUCUGCAUGAAGCCCUGGCCCAUCCAAGCACCAGGCAGAGAAACACUACUGAAAGGGGAGCAGCCUGCCUGCCAAUCUCUGUUGGCAGAAAUGUCGAUAAAGGGGACGCCCCUAAGACUGAGAGAAAUCCUCCAAGUCUAAGCAGACUUUUCCUCCUCUAAGAUGGUAGCAGAAGGAAACUUAAGUUGUUGAGACAAGCCUUUUGUAAAGCUAUAGAAGUAGAUUCCCCCAGAAACAAGUCUGAGGAAUCUGUCCCCAGAAGAAUCUUGGGGAGUAGCUUUCGGGGCUAAGAGGCCAGUCUGGGGGAGGAGGUCAGUGUAGUUGAAAGCCGACUGUAGGCCUAUUGAGGACUAGGGUGUAGCAUACAUAGUAGGAUGCUCGCAUGUUGUAGGGAGGGUGAGGGCUAAGGGUCUUGGCUCUGGUACUGAGUGGAGGAUGUGGACAUGAUUGGUGGGGUCUGGGGUUUCAUAGUAGGAAAGGGACAGAGUCAGAGGCCUCCGGGGUGUAAGCUGUUCUCUCUUGCCCACCUCCCUAAGCUCCUUUAGCCAGGAGCUUUCCUCCCAGAGCAAGCUAUGUCUUGGGAAGAACUAAGCAGGGAGGGGGCAGUAUCCAGAGUCCCUCCGACCAGCUCAGGCAAAGGCCCAGGGGUUGAGGCACUUGUCCACCAAAACUGAGUCUGGAAGGUGUAACAUAGCCAGACCCUCUUACCCAACUUCACACAGACCCCUCACAAGUGCCCCGGUGGAAGAGCCCAACAGACAGGGGUCAGGGAGUCAUUGGUGGAAGCAGAAGGGAGAGCAGAAACUGACCUGAGCUUAGGGUGAAACUUGAAACUGCUGUGGAUAUGGAGGUCAGAUGGGAACUCCAAAGAACUGGGCAGGAAUCCUGAAUGGUGGGGAAACUUGACACCAUCACAACCAAGAGGUGGGGUCCCAUGACACCACGCUGGAGGUGAGCAGCUCCCAGACUUCUUUGCCCCCAUUAGGAAAGCCCCACUCACCCAACUUGUCCCCAUGGAGUGAAGCGAGGCCCCGCUUUUGAGUGUUGUGUGUCAAUAGCAGUGUUGUGUCUCUGGUGGUCAUGUUGAUUAGUUGAAGAGAAUAAAGGGAAUAAGAUUCCC